ACAAACUAUACCUAAGAAGUAUAGGCAAUACAGGAAAUAUUUGAUACAAGCAGUCGUCGUUUGCACCCAGAACCUUGGUUGAUUUUUUUUUCUGAUGUUUUCUUUCAUUCAUUUUAUUCAUUUCUAAUAAUUUUCGCAGCAAAAGCUCUUAGUUCCUAGACUAGUUUCAAGAUUUUUGUGCUGUGAGAGAAUUUCAUAUUUCUCGUGUGAUCUUUCUAGUCACCACAUGAACCAGAGAGGAGGAGGAGGUGGAGGGGGCCAGUACAGCAACGUCCCGCCGCCCAUGGGAAGAGGUGGAAAUGGGAAGAGGAGUCUCCUAGGGGCCCCUCCCCAGUCGUCGGGCCAGAGCCUGCUAGGGGCGCCGCCCAACCAGUAUUCCAGCUAUCAGGGUAAUCAAAACAGGAACCAAUAUGGUGGAGGCCAGGGUGGUUAUGGAGGAUACAACAGCAAUAGAAACUAUGGAGGCUACAAUAGCAAUCAGAGGCAAAACUACAACUCAGGAGGAAACAACAACAACCAGGGUUACUUCACGAGUGGCGGCGGGAACUACAACUCCCGAGGAGGAGGAGGAGGAGGUGGCGGCUACAACUCAGGAGGCAACAGAAGUGGGGGAGGAGGAGGUGGGGGCUAUGGUGGCAACUACCACAGGGGCCGCGGAAGGGGAGGCUAUUACAGAGGGAACGGUAACAACUACUGAUGCCAGGGUGGGAGGUUAGUUAAAGGGGGGUAAGGACGGCCUCGGAGGAAAAGCAGAACACUUUUUCUUCUUCCUCGAUUUGUACUAUACUCUUUUAUGCGAGAGGUUUGGUUGACACUGGUCUUACGGUACUUGAUCGUAGACUGAAUUAAAAAAAAAGAAACGUAAUAAGUACUAAGGCGAAUAUAUAUAUAUUAUAUAUAUAUUUUUAUUGAUGUUUAGAUAAAAAAGAAGAAACGCUACUUCUAUUGCAAUGCAUAUGAGAGCAUUUUGAUAGAGUCUAGGUACAUUUUCUCGAAUGUAAUGUUUUAUGCUGAGAGGUUAUAUUGCGUGCAAAAGAGUAUAUUUCAUCACCCUGUAGCAGUUCAUAAUACAGUUGAAGUUUUUCUGGUUUUCUGCUACUCUUGUUGUAUUUGAUUUGUCUUAUUUAUUUAUUUUUGUAACCGUUUGUAUUGGACACUGAACAUGUACAUAUAACCUCUUAAGAGAAUUGUUUGUAUUAGUAUACCAUGAUGAAUCCAUCAUUUCAUUAUAAUCUUUGUCUAUUUGUCAUUUGUAAAAAUAGAACUAUAACUUGGUUAGCACAAUAUUUUGUAAAUUAUACUUAAAUAUUAUUGUCUGAAAAAAAAAUAAAUAGUACUACAGGUA